AUGCCGGAGUUGUUAAAGUUAUCGUUUUUGGCGCACAAAUCAACAUUUAUUGUCUGGCGGAUGGAUCCAGCUCAAGAACCUAACUCAGGGAUACAUACAAACAAUGUCCAGGGAGCACUUCGGCAGCUUGAUUUAUUGGUCGAAAAGGCGGAGCUCUAUGCUCAAGUGAAACUUAUUGGUUCUGGAACAAAAGAUCUGUCUAGUCCAUCAAGAAUUAAACAAGAGCAGCCCAUUAGUUCUCCUACUUCCUACUCUUUUGGAGACCAUCGACAUCGUCGUACUGAAAAAGAAGAAGAUGAAGAACUAUUGACCGAAACUAAGCAUAGUUCAUCUGGUAUUCAGCGUUUCGAAGCUUCUCCGUGGUAUGUAAAGGGAGGAGAGAUGCGUGAUUAUCAAAUCCGUGGUCUAAAUUGGAUGAUUCAGCUCCAUCAUAGUAGUAUAAAUGGAAUUUUAGCCGAUGAGAUGGGAUUAGGGAAAACUUUACAAACAAUAUCAUUACUUGGUUAUAUAAAACACUGUCGACACAAACAUGGGCCACAUAUGGUAAUUGUGCCUAAAUCUACGCUGUCCAAUUGGAUGAAUGAAUUCGCUCGUUGGGUUCCUUCUUUGCGCACAGUUUCAUUAAUUGGAAACCAUGAAGAAAGGAGUCAAAAAAUACAAGAGGAGAUAUUGAAAAAGGAAUGGGAUGUUAUUGUCACAAGUUACGAAAUGUGUAUUAAAGAGAAGGCGGUUCUGAAAAAAUUUCACUUUAUAUAUUUAAUAAUCGAUGAAGCCCACCGAAUUAAAAAUGAAAAGUCGAAAUUGUCAGAAAUUGUCCGGGAUUUUCGCUCUCAAAACCGUCUCUUGAUUACCGGUACACCUUUGCAAAAUAAUUUACAUGAAUUAUGGGCUUUAUUAAAUUUCCUAAUGCCGGAUUUAUUUUCUUCAUCUGAAAUGUUUGAUGAUAUGUUCAAAACGGGUAAUGAUCAAGAAGAGAGUUUAGUUCAACGUCUACAUGCAGUUUUAAAACCAUUUUUGUUAAGACGAAUUAAAGCUGAUGUGGAGAAACGUUUACCACCAAAAAAGGAGUGCAAGAUUUAUAUUGGUCUUAGCAAAAUGCAACGUGAUUUGUACACCAAGAUUUUAAUGAAAGAUAUUGAUGUGGUGAACUCUGUAGGGAAUAAAGUGGAUCGUCUUCGCCUACUAAAUAUUCUCAUGCAACUUCGUAAAUGCUGUAAUCAUCCUUACUUAUUCGAUGGGCUAGAACCAGGCCCUCCGUAUACAACGGACCGUCAUCUUGUUGAUAAUUGUGGAAAGCUGAUGUUACUGGAUAAACUGUUGCCGAAACUUAAAGAACAAGGAUCACGAGUCCUUUUAUUUUGUCAAAUGACGCGAAUGAUGGACAUUCUUGAAGACUAUUGUUUGUGGCGCGGCCAUGAGUACUUUAGACUAGACGGAUCCACACCUCAUGAAGAACGCCAGAUUUCAAUUGAUGAAUACAAUCGUCCAGGUUCCACCAAGUUUCUUUUUAUGCUUUCUACAAGGGCUGGUGGUUUGGGUAUCAAUUUGGCCACAGCCGACGUAGUUAUCAUCUAUGACUCAGACUGGAAUCCUCAAGUUGACCUUCAGGCCAUGGAUAGAGCACAUCGUAUCGGACAAACCAAAACUGUACGCGUUUUUCGAUUAAUUACAGAACAUACAGUUGAGGAACGUAUUAUUAUGCGUGCUGAGAUGAAGCUCAAAUUGGAUAACUUGGUUAUUCAACAAGGUCGUCUUGUUGAGCAAAAAUCAAACCAACUUCAAAAGGGUGAUGUUUUAGAUAUGAUCAGACAUGGUGCCAAUUAUAUUUUCCGCAGCAAAGAUAGUGAUUUCAAAGACGAGGAUAUUGAUAUUAUCCUAGCUCGAGGUGAACAAAAGACUGCUGAAAUGAAUGAAAAACUGGCUCAACUGGGAGAAUCUAAUUUAAGGUCUUUAAAAUUCGAUACGGCAGAUGAAAAUGGUGCACCAACGUCAGCAUAUAUAUUCGAGGGGGAAGAUUAUCGAGAAAAACAAUGUCGCACUUCCUUAUUAGAUGGUUGGAUAGAACCUCCGAAACGCGAACGCAAAGCAAAUUAUGCAGUUGACGCAUACUUUCGGGAAGCGCUUCGUGUCUCUGAACCUAAAGCACCGAAACCACCUCGACCACCAAAGCAACCGAAUGUGCAAGAUUUCCAGUUUUUCCCCCCCAGACUUUUUGAGCUUUUAGAUAAAGAAAUAUAUGCAUUCAGAAAGAGUAUUGGUUAUAAGGUUCCUCGUAAUCCAGAUGCUGGGCCAGAUGGUGAGCGUGAUCGUCUGGAUGAGCAAGCUAGAAUAGAUGAAGCUGAACCACUAACUGAGGAGGAACUUGCCGAGAAGGAAGAGCUUUUAACACAAGGUUUCACAAACUGGUCGAAACGUGAUUUUCAACAGUUCAUCAAAGCCAACGAAAAACACGGUCGUGAUGAUUUAGAAGCAAUUUCAGUAGAUGUAGAAGGUAAAACUCCAGAUGAGGUUAAACGGUAUGCCCGUGUUUUUUGGACAAGAUGUAACGAGUUGCAAGAUGUCGAUAAGCAUAUGGCUCAGAUUGAGCGUGGUGAAGCGAAAAUCCAAAGAAGAGCUGCUGUAAAACGUGCUCUUGAUCUAAAGAUGGCCCGAUAUCGAGCACCGUUUCACCAACUUCGGAUACAAUAUGGAACAAACAAAGGGAAGAACUAUGUUGAGGAGGAAGAUCGCUUCUUAAUCUGCAUGCUUCAUAAACUUGGUUUCGAUCGUGACAAUGUAUAUGAUGACUUACGUCUUGCAGUUCGCUUGGCCCCACAGUUUCGAUUUGAUUGGUUUUUGCGAUCUCGUACAGCAAUGGAACUACAAAGACGUUGCAGUACUCUUAUUACUUUGAUUGAGAGAGAAAUAUGUGACUUAGAAGACCGAACAAAACAGCGUAGUGGAGCAGGCGCGAAUAAUUUAUCACUCACUCCUGCAAAUUCCGGACCAUCUAACACAUCCACAGUAUCCAAUCAAAAGCGGAAGUCAACUGCAGCUGGUGGGAUUAACUCGGAUUCAACUGCAGAAAUUUCCGGAAACGCAAAGAAAAAGAAGGUCACUGCUUAAAUAACAGUGAUUUGUAAAUGUCUCUGUCUUAUACUCUUGUUGUAGGCCUCUUGCAUUUGAUUUUAU